UAUUAUUUUGUUGUUACUUGUUUUUCUAAAGUCAUACUUAUAGUACCUAAUAAUAAUUUCUAUUAUUUUCCUAAAAGUUCUGCGGUGUAUAAUGUAUAUUAUAUUAUUAUCAUAAUAUAAAUAAUUUUGAAAAUUUUGACAGACGCGGAUAUUAUAUUUUUGUUCUCUGUUUAUCACAACACGAAUAAGAUAUCAAUAUUUUUUUUUUGUUUACCUUCACGCGCAGUUAUCUAUACUACCUAGUACCUAUAGUUCUGUAAAGAAAUCUGUGCCUUCACGUAAUCGUCGUAAUCUCAUUUUAUUUUUCACUUGAAAGAUUUGAAUAUAAUUAAAAUAAAUCUAAGAAGUCUACUUAAUUUUGAUUAACUUGGACAAUUUAUACAAAACAUUAAAUUCAUUUAAAUUAGAUACAUGAACUUUAAAUCAAAACAAAAUGAACAAUACUCUACUUCCUGAUAAUCUAGAAAUAAAUUAUAGAAACAAUCAUUACAAACAUGCUCAAGAUGUACUCAAUAGUAUUAUUUGGUGUUCUAUUUGUAAUUCAGACUUGAAACUGAAUAUCAUUAUGAAUAAAAAAAUUUUGCUUCAUAAAAAGUUUUUAUGUCUUUGUUGCAAGGAUUGUUUUGAAAAAUUAUCAGAUUCAAAAAAUGGAUGUAUAUUAUGUUCACUCGAAACGAAACUUAAGACAUGUAAAAUAUGUAAUAGCAAUAUGUGCAAGAGAUGUAUAGAUAAUUACUGUAUAAAGUCAAAACCUUCAAAGAAUUUAAAACGUUGUUUAGGUUGUUCAUCAAGUGUUUUAUGGAGUCUUAGAUCUCAAGCAGCUGCAGUUUUAAAAUGUUUUUCACCGGAACUAGGUACUAGGCUUCUGUUAAAUGGCGAAGAGUCUGAAAACAAACAAAAUUUACGUGAACUCAUAAUAAAUUCAGCAUCAUGUGAUGAAAAUUUUACUCAAGAAGAUAUUUAUCAAAUUAGAGUUUUUAAUUUAAGUAAUUUAUUAAACUCAAAAAUUGGAUCAUUGAUAAAUGGAUAUCAAAAAUUACAAGCAAAAAAUAUUGAACAAUGUCUUAUUAACUUUGGUGAAUUAUGUGAAAAAAUAUUAGUGAACACUUGUUCACUUUUAUCAGAUUCCCAAUGUUUGUUCAAUGAUACAAUUAUUGAAUCAUUAAAUAACAAAAUUAAAUCAAUUUUGGUUAGUGGAAUGUUGUUUAAAAAUACUGAUAAUGAUUCAAACAAAUUCUCUAAAGAUUCCUCUAGUCCAGAUAAUUCAAUAGAAUUUACAAAAAACAAAUUGCAUCAAAAAUGUACUGUUUUAUUAGAAAAACUAGACAAAAGUAUUGAAAAUAAAUAUUUUUUAAAGAAGGAAAAUAAUAUUAGUAAACAUACUAAUAAAGAUCCAUUCAAGUUCAAAAAUAAAUUAGAAAAAACACAAACUUGUCAACAGGAAAAUAAUUUAAAUCCUACGUUUCCUAUAAAUUCAAAUGAUGUAUCUCAAAUUCCAUUAAAAGAAUGUACAGUAAAAUUAAUUAGGAUCGAUGAAAAAACUCUAAGGCACUGUCAAAAAUAUAAAAAUGAGAUACAAAGUAAAACAGUCAACCAUGAAUACAACAUUCAAGAGACUAGUAAAACAAAAAAUGUACACAAUAAUAGAAUUUGUGGAUGUCCUAUAUUUGAAUCAAAAACAUUUGAUGCAGACAAUAAUAAUUGUAUCAGAAAAGAAUCUAAUAAUAAGUUGGACAGUAAGCCAGUCAAUAAUAACAUUGAAAGUAACCCAAAAAUAUAUGUUAUGAAAAAUGUUAAUCACAAUAAACAGGUAAUCAAAGAAAAAACAGUAAAUAGAACCAAAAUAAAAAUGAAGAUCACGAAAAAAAAAUGUUUCAAAAAUCUCAAUUCUUCAAAGCAAAAAAAAAUUAGAAGAACAAAAUUAAUAAAUAAAAUACUUAAAACUAGUAUUUAUAAUUGUAAAAAUUAAAACAAUAUUGACCUAUUGCAUGGGCACAAAGUUUCAAGAAAAUUUCCCAUGCCAGUAAUAUGUUAGUGCCUAUAAAAAAAAUUGGGGUGAUCAAAGACUUAAAAAUCGUUCAGUGUUUUUAUUUAUCAUUGGAUAUUAUAUUAGCAUUAGUGUAUUUUAAUCUUAAUCAAAUAGAAGUAGCGCUAAAUUCAUUCAUUAAUGUACUCUUAUAUUUUGAUUUUAUCAUAUAUAACAUGGAAAAUAACCUUUCACAUUGUGUGCAUAUUAAUGAACCUCAUUUUACAAAAAAACUAAUUAAAAUAAUAAAUAUUAAAAAAAAAAGUUAAAAGUUUUGAAUACAAGUUUGAAUUGCUAUAGGUACUAACUAGGUAUACUAAGUAUAAAUAAAAUAAUUGUUUGUUGUGUUAUUCUUAGAUAAAACUGGUCAUUAUAUACCAGUUCUCUGUAACAUACUGGGCUGAAUCAAUGCAUUAGUUCUGGUGGUUAGGAGAAGGGGGUUGCUGAAUAUUUAAAAAUAUUAUUUAUUAUUUGUUAGUUAUAAUUGUUAUUGGUUUAUUAUGGUAGAAUAUGGUCAGCAAACUUCUAUUUCCAGUAUAUUAUUAAAUAAAUAUUUUAGUAAAAUUAAUUAUAGUUUGAUAAUAUAGUAUAAAAGUGCCAAUUAUUAUUAAAUUAUGUUGAGUUAUGCAUAUACCUCACAAUUGACAAGACUUUCCUAUGAUUUUUAUAUAUUAUUAUUUAUUAUAAAUUUAUGACUAGAAUCUCAAACUGUGGUGCUCAAAAUAUUCAAAUGUAUAAAUAUAUAUAAUAUUAUAUUUUGAUCAUUACAUAUUGGGUUAAUUUAUACUUUACUGUUGAUUAUUUUGGUAUAUUAUAUUUUUAUGGAAAAAAAAUUAAAUGUGCACAUUAUUGAAAUUAUUUUAAAUUAUAAUGUAGCUAAUCAAAAUGUAUAAAAUAUUUUUAUUUCUGAUUUAAGCUGACAUGUAUUUAUAUUGAUACAGUAUAAUUUUAUAUUUUUUUUAUAUUUUUAUACAACUUAAUUCUGGAUAAAGCAUGUACAUUACUUGUAUUUUAUGUUUAUAAAUUAGUCAUAUCUGUUAUUUUAAUAAAUAAAUAAUUAUUAUGUGUAACUUCUAAUUUGCUAUUAAAUUUUGCAAUAGUCUAAGAUCUAAGUAAUAUAAGUGAGUGGGUAUUUCACCAAUUCAUCCACAUAUAAUAUAUAAGUGUAUGACCAAAUUAUCUGUCUCAGGGCCUAAAAUUAGGAUAUUUUGUUACUGCACACCUAUAAUUCCAUACUUCAAAAUGUUUUUAAAUAAUAAACAUAGACUUAGUAGUAAACAUGUCACAUAUAACUUCGUAGCAUAAUAGUUUUUGGUAUUUAUUAAUAAUUAGUUAUAAUUAAUACAAUCUAAGACACUCUUCUAUAAAAGUCCUUGAUAGUUGAUAACUAUAUAUUUAAACAUCUUAAAAUUAAAAACAAAAUAGCUUCGAUUAAAGAACAAAAAGUAAUGCACACUUUUAAAUUUGCUACUGCACAUUUAAUAUUAGCUGCUGCAUAUAGUGUGUGCUACUGCACACAAUUUUAGGCCCUGAUCUGUCUCAUUAGCUAGUCAGUAGCUACUCUAUAGUCUAUACAGUCUAUAUUUUAUGAAAAUCAAAAUAUUUAUAUUCCUUCAAAACCGCAAUGAUUUCAUUUCUUAGGCUAAGUUAUAAACUUAUAACCAUCUAAAUGAAUCUAAAGAUACACGUUAGACGGAUGGUUUUCAAAAUGAACAUUUUUCUUGGGGUGCAUUUGACGAUGAAAAACUAAUUUUUUAUAGUACCUAUUUUAAUAAAAAAUAUUAUUACAAUAUUGUAUAAUAACAACACGGGCCGAUGCCCGAUACUACUAGAGUGCUAGCAGACUAGCAGAGGUAUAGAAAUAAGAAAAUUCGCAUUCGAACGGGAAAAGUUUCGCGUUGUGUUGACGGGAGUCGGGUGGAAGGGGGAAUUAUCCAUUCGGCCACGGUCGGAUGCGAUCGCCUCGGCGCUCAAUCGAACACGGGUCAAGGGACGCGGCGGCGGCCGACGUCUACCGCCGACGAGCUCGUGUGCGCGGCCUGUUGUGACUUGUGAGCGCGUGGCCGUCGUCCGGACCGUUCUACCGUUGGUGCAGUACUAGUUUACAUUAUAGUUAAUAGUGUUCGUGCUUAUAGUUAGGCGCCACCGCGGAAAAGGGUUAUUUAAAAAAAAAAAAAAUUCGGGGUAGAGGUGUCGCCGCCGAGUACUACUAGUCGCUGUUCAGACGAUAGACGAGAUAUUCAGACGCGUUUAGACCACCUGCCUAUACCGAUCGUCAUACACACCCUCCUAAAAGAUUUUCGUGAAUUUUCAACCGGGGGCGCUUUUCCAGUUUAUCGCCAACGGAAUUUCCCUCGGACAUGGCCACCACAUCUUCGGGCUCGUGGCCGACGUCUUCGACUAGUCAAA